AUGGUGAUUGAUUUACUCAUUAAAAAUAAAGAAUUUAAGUCAAACCCGAUGUUGGUUUCCUCUCAAGAACGAAAGCGCACUGACACACCAGCAAUAUUUGUUUGCAUUAUCUUUGUCAUCGUGUUGUUUAGUUUUGUUACUUACGCAUACUUGAAUGGAAGCAUUUAUCGAUUUAUAAAUGGACAUGAUGAUUGUGGAAAUAUAUGUGGAAUCAAAAAUGAAGAAAAUCCAUAUGAAGGUUGCGGUGCUUCAUGUGUUAAAAGUUGUGAUGAUUUUCCUGGAUAUUUUGAAGUCGGAAAUCGAUGUCUUUUUAAAGAAUCUGAAUUUAAAAUCAAGGAAAACUUUUUUGAAAAAGUUGCUGAAGAUUUCCGGACCUCUUGGUUUCAUAUUCUGAUAUCAGUCGUCGUUGCCAUGGUCUUUUCCUACAUCUUGCUUAUACUCUUCCGUUAUGCAGCUAAAUAUGUUAUUUGGGUUAUUUACAUUGCAUUUGUUAUUCUUAUGGCAAUAUUAUGCAUUUUUUCGUUAGCGAUGUUCGAAGCUAAGAAAUCAAAGGAAGGAAGAGAAAAAGAAUCUGCUCAAAAUUAUCUCUUUGUGUCAGUUAUAUGCGGCGUAAUAGCAUUGGUAUUUGGAGUCACCCUUUUAAUCGUAAGGAAACGAAUCAAAUUCGUCAUUCAAUUAUUCAAAGAAGCAUCCAAAGCACUUGCUGAUGUUCCAAUGAUUGUCGUUGAACCUUUAUUGACAUUCAUUACAUUUGUACUGACUUUCAUUAUCUUCAUUUACUUUACAAUAAUUAUCGCAAGCGCGGGAAGACCAAAAAGGAUAAACUACGGUUACGGUUUUGAGGAUGUUAAUUUUGAAAGAGACGAAGUUGUGAAAGCCGCUUUUGUUAUCAAUUUGAUUGCUUUCUCUUGGUUCGCUUCUUUCAUUUUGGGUUGUCAACAUUUCAUCAUUGCAAGCACAGUUUGUCAAUGGUUCUUCACUCGAACAAAAACCGAAUUAAACUCACCGAUCAAAAGAGCUUUCAGUCAUCUUCUUCGUUUCCAUAUUGGUUCUGUUUGUUUGGGUUCCAUAUUAUUAACUAUUGUGAAAAUCAUUCGUAUAAUUGCUGAAAGGAUCAAUAAAUCUGCAAAAAAUUCACAAAGUGAAUUCAUUCAAAUUGCUGCGUUAUGUUUCAUUUGCAUCGUUGCACAAUUGGAAAUUUUUUUUCAAUAUCUCGUUCGUAAUGGUUACAUCAUUGUCGCAUUAGAUGGAACACCACUAUUUGAUUCAGGAAAGAAAGCUUUUGAGUUGAUGAAAAAGAAUCUCGUCGAUGUUGUCGCAUUGAAUCAAAUUGGAGAUUUUGUUUUGGUUUUGGGACGUCUUUUUGUUGUAUUGAUAAGCGGCUUUGUAUGCUUCGAAUUGACAAUGGAACUUAAUUAUCCUUGGAUUCCAAUAACAUUGGCAGUCAUCUUCUCUUUCCUCGUCGUUCAUUGCUUCAUGACUGUUUUCGAGAUGACUCUCGACACUAUUUUCAUCUGCUUCUGUGAAGAUUGUGAACUCAAUGAUGGAAUGACACGACCAUUCUUCAUGUCACGUGAAAUGAUGGAAGUAAUGAUUGAAUUAAAAUCUGCAGCUGGCGGUGAAUUCAGUUUCCUCAAAAAGGAUGACGCCGAAGGUGGAAACGUUCGUCCUAUGAUUCCACAAAAUUUCAAAUUCAGUGACUAA